GAAGCGCGCUCCCGACGACGUGCCAAUCGGAAGCACAUGAGUUGCCGUGCAAGAAAGUGACAAGCAAGCUGCACUGGAGCGAAUAGAAUAAUUACGAUGCAAAAACUACUCCAAAAUAGUGAACGCAUAGACUCUAGGUAUAACAAUGCGCAACGGGAAUGCAAACUUUCUUUUUAUUUUGGUUCUACAGUUUGUCUCUCAUUAACAUAAGCACUUGAGAGCGCAUCUGAAAAGGACAAGGUGGAAUCAAUAAGCUACAAGCUAUGGUGAAGGAGCAGCUGCCGAGCUGGGCGUCUGACCCGGGAGGAGGAGGAGGAGGAGGGGAUCCCCUGGUGCACAUCAACGUGGGGGGACUUCGGAGCAGCCUGUUCUCCAGCACGCUGCGCAAGUUCCCCGACACGCGCCUGGGACGGCUGCUGGCCUGCGAGUCAGAGGAAGCCAUACUGCAGGUGUGUGACGACUAUGAUGAGCAGCUGCGUGAGUUCUACUUCGACCGCAACCCGAGCCUGUUCGCCUACGUGCUGCACUUCUACAACACGGGCAAGCUGCACAUCAUGGAGGAGCUGUGCGUCUUUUCCUUCUGCCAGGAGAUCGAGUACUGGGGCAUCAACGAGUUCUUCCUGGACAGCUGCUGCAGCUACCGCUACCACGACCGCAAGCUGGAGCGCCGCCGCAAGAACUGGGACGAGGACAGCGACGUCAGCAGCGUGGACACCUCCGUCGACGAGAUCUCCGACCUCAACAAGGACAUCCUGCUCUUCCAGGACAUGAGGUGUGGGAACGUGCGGCGCUGCCUGUGGCUGACCCUGGAGAACCCCGGCUACUCCAUCCCCAGCAAGCUCUUCAGCCUGCUCUCCAUCUCCGUGGUGCUCACCUCCAUCGCCACCAUGUGCAUCCACAGCAUCCCCGAGUACCAGCUCUUCGACGAGGCCGGGAACCCCAUCGAGGACCCCACCUUGCAGUACCUGGAGAUCUUCUGCAUCUGCUGGUUCACCUUCGAGGUGGUGACGCGCAUGCUGCUGGCGCCCAACCGCCGCAAGUUCUUCAUGAUGCCGUUGAACAUGAUCGACAUCAUAUCCGUGGUGCCCAUCUACGUCACCGUGUUCUUCGACCUGGUGGUGGGCAGCGAUCCGGAGCUGGAGGACCUGGGGAAGGUGGUGCAGGUGUUCCGGCUCAUGCGGAUAUUCCGAGUUCUGAAGCUGGCCAGACACUCCACGGGCCUACGGUCGCUAGGAGCAACACUGAAGCACAGCUACCGUGAGGUGGGCAUCCUGCUGCUGUACCUGGCGGUGGGCGUGUCGGUCUUCUCGGGCAUGGCGUACACGGCGGAGUACGAGGAGGACGUGGGCCUGGACACCAUCCCGGCGUGCUGGUGGUGGGGCACGGUCAGCAUGACCACGGUGGGCUACGGCGACGUGGUGCCCGUCACGGUGGCGGGCAAGCUGGCGGCCUCGGGCUGCAUCCUGGGCGGCACGCUGGUGGUGGCCCUGCCCAUCACCAUCAUCUUCAACAAGUUCUCGCACUUCUACCGCAAGCAGAAGGCGCUGGAGGCCUCGGUGCGCGACGGCAACAAGAGCAGGCUGCGGCAGCGGCGCCGCGUGGCCGUGGUGGACGUGGGGGUGACAUCGUCGGACGACGACGGGGACGAUGACGGCAGCAGCCACUGCCUCGAGGAGGACCUGGACGACGAUGAGGACGACGUCGUUGGCGAUGAUGAGGAGGAGGAUGUCAGCAUCAGCAGCAGUGACGGCGGAGUGAUCAACUACAGCUAUGUGGAGCAUUUGCCGCCCGUGCCCAGGAAGAAAGACUUGGCCUGCUCAGAGCUGCAUAUAUGAUGAUGUCUCGACAGUCAGGGCUGUGCUGGGGGAGAAAUAGGGCCCGGGCACUUUGGGAUUGGGAUUAAAGCCCAUCCCCCCUCCCCUCACAAUUAGCGAUGCAGAAUUGAGUCACCGGUGGGCCCUUGCACCCCCGUGGGCCCCUAUUU